UUCGAAAAGCAUCUGACGUCGUCCAAAGCACAAACGACACAACAACGACAACUUGCACACAAUCGCAUCAAGAGAGAGAGAAGGGAAAGGGCCAUACGCUAUGAAGCAGGUCUCUGGCAACUCACUCUUCGAUCCACUUCCCAAAAACAAGCGCGAAGGUCCAACAGGCGCAGGAAGCUUGUCGCGCUCCAUCUCAAGUGCGCAUACAACGAGUGGUUCUGGCCUGAUUAAGGGCGCUAGUUAUUCACAUACGGAUUUACUUGCCCUUCAAUCACGCAGCGCAUCACCGAUUCCUUCGCAAAUCAGUGCCAAGUAUGCUACGAAAUCAUCGAAAUUCAAUAAACUCCUACUCGAUGAGGAUGACGAUUGGGCGAGUGAACUGGAUGAUUCGACGCGUGCUGCAGAACGAAGACGACAAAUGCUCAUCAAGUCCAUUGAGCAUCGUCCGAGUUCCUUUGAAGCUGCUAGUUUUGCACCCCUCAAAAAAACACAUUCCUAUCCGCAGUAUCCGUUUGUUCAGGCUGGCGCCACGGGUGGCUUGAGAACGGGUCAUGAAGCCAUUUUGCAAGAUCCAGUGUGCUUACUGGAGUCAACCUACCAUCCAACUUUACCGAGUGAGAGUGAUGGGGAUGCUGUUUUGGUGGGUACAGCAGAAUCAGAGUCCUUACGUGAGGAAAUAGGUCUACGGCUAAGUCGGAUUGCUCGAUUCAGACGCAUCAUGCAGAGUAAGCAUAUUGACUUGCAUGCACUCAAGAAACUAGCGUGGAAUGGUGUUCCUGGCGAAUUACGACCCUGCGUUUGGCAAUUAUUACUUGGAUACCUUCCUGCGCACUCAGAACGCAGAAUUUCGACAUUGGCCCGGAAACGACAAGAGUACCUGGAUGGUGUGGCGGAUGCUUGGCAGCGUGGUGAAGCUGGACUGGAUCAAACGAUCUGGCAUCAAAUCCACAUCGAUGUGCCGCGUACGAAUCCGCUGAUUCGAUUAUAUCAGUUUCCAGCAACACAACGGUCCUUGGAACGGAUACUGUAUCUUUGGGCGAUUCGACAUCCUGCGAGUGGGUAUGUUCAAGGCAUCAAUGAUCUUGUCACUCCCUUCUUUCAGGUCUUUUUGGGUGCGUACAUUGAGGGUGAUCCUGAACAGUGCGAUCCUGGUACGUUAUCUGAGGAGGUUCGGCAUGCGGUUGAGGCAGAUUCCUUCUGGUGCUUAUCCAAGUUGUUGGAUGGGAUUCAAGAUAAUUAUAUCCACACACAACCUGGUAUCCAACGACAAGUCGCGAAUCUACGAGAAUUGACAGGCAGGAUCGAUGCGCAGCUUGUGCAGCAUUUGGACUCCGAGAUGGUGGAGUUUAUUCAAUUCAGCUUUCGAUGGAUGAAUUGCUUGUUGAUGAGGGAGAUGAGUGUUCGUUGUACGACACGGAUGUGGGAUACCUACAUGGCAGAAGGUCCCCUGGGCUUUUCUGACUUUCACCUAUAUGUGUGCACUGCUUUUUUGGUCAAGUGGUCGGCACAAAUCAAGGAACGCGAUUUUCAGGGGAUCAUGAUGUUCAUCCAAGCCUUACCCACGCAAAGCUGGGGGGAUAAGGAGAUUGAGAUGUUGUUGAGUGAGGCAUUCUUGUGGAAGUCGUUGUGGAGUCAUUCACCAGACUUUGCACGCAAGUAGCAAGGUAUAUGUAAUAAUAAUUUUUGAGGGUCAUGAUUAU